GCAAUACGGGCGCAGGCAGGUAGCAGGGCGGGCGGCGCGGUGCGGGCAGGCGGCCGCGGGCGGCGGCGUAUCGAUUCCGCGGCGCCUUCAGUCGGCGUCCGUCGAGCGCCGCGCUGCGCCGAGCCGCCGGCGAGCGGGCGUCGCCCCUCCCCGGCCCGCGCCCCUCUGUCGCCCGACUACAUCGAAUAUCUCGUCGUCGCCGGCAAACUCGAACGACCUCUUUUCGCUAACUAACGUCGCAUCCGCGUCGACUCCCGCCGCGAAACUGCGCUCGAUCUACGCGACUCGUUACGUCGAGUCCUCCGCGCCAAUUUACUUUUUGAAUUCUGUUAGUUGUUUUCAAACUUUUUUUAAUAGCUAGUUUCGAAUUGAUGAUGAUUUUAUCAAGCCCGAGCUGUUUGUGUAAAUGAUAGUUGAGUAGUCGUAGAGCGAGCGUCAAGUGAUGUGGUGGGCGUCAGGUCGAGGAUGGAAGUGGCUGGUGGUGUUGGAGGGUGCGUAGGGCUGCCGCGAUGGACUGCUGUAACUACGGCGAGUACCGCGGGCUGCCGCACGGCCAGUACUGGGAGGGCUACACGCCAUACACACCGUACGCGCCGUAUGCGCAGUACUAUGCGCCCGCGCACGAUCCCUACGCCCGCUACUACCGCUACGACUACCCGCAUCACUUGCACCAUAAUGACCAUGUCAUGCCUAUGGAUUAUGGCGCGUACGCGUCGAAGGAAACGCGCGUGCGGCGUGCGAUCGCGCGUCGGGAGCAGCGCGCCGCCACGCCCGCCCCGCACCUGCAGCAUCCGCCCACGCCUCCGCUAGAAUGUGGCCUGAACAGCCGCGGCCCCGCCUACUGCGAGCCGCACAUGUGGCCUCAUUAUCAGAUGGGCGUCCUGGGCGGCAGUUGGAGCGGCGCCAGCGCAGGAGCGUGGGCCUCCCGCACAGCGUGCGCACGCGAUCACAUGCGCUAUGCCACAGACUGUCGAUCUAUGAAGGGCCCCCGACCUCACAUCCAGAACCAACCUUGCAUGCAAGACGGGCGGUCCACUCCUUAUCGUCCGUACGAGGAUACGUCAUAUAGUGGUGAAUGUGGAACGCGCCAAGGGAAUUCAUCAGAAUAUAUGGCACCAGUGACGGUCAGUGAAUCCGCCAAGACACGAGAGUGCUUCUACUCAACACCGCGCCGCUCGCCGCCCCGCACGCCGCCCGAGGAGAAGCGGCCGCCGCUCGUGCCGCUCCCAGCCUUCCAGCAAGCCUUCGGUUCUACUGAAAUCGGAAAAUUUGCUGAAGCCUUCAGUCGCGCAGAAGUCGCUCUGGAGGAGGUCACAAGCGAUUCCUUCGCAUAUGAUUCCUUCUCCGACUGGGACGCGUCCCUCGAAUCGCAAUGGACGGCCCAACCCGCACCGCGGGAAAUCAAAUGCGAAGAAAACGUUCAAUGAAAUUUUCUUCGCUCUAGUGCUAAUUCUGGGCAGAUACGCCUCUUAGCUAAUUAGACAAAUUUUAGUUUCACCACCACGUUGCCAAAAAGAGUAGAAUUGAAAAGAUUUCGAUGUCAUAGAUCUAUAGAAUGUGAUACAAAAAAUUGCGCUGACGUGUUACGAAAAUGAAUGAAUUGUGGGGUGACAUUUGAUUCAUAUACAUUACAAAAUAUGGUAUAAUAUGUAGUUUAUUGAUUAUCUAGUUAAUCCCUUUAACUAGUUUUAGGCCGACCUUAAAGGACAAGAUUAUUUGUUAUUGAAGGGAUGUGGGAAUGUUACGUACUGCAUUGCAUAGGAUAACAAUAUGAAUCAUGACUCAAUGUGCCUUUAUUCGGAGAGCCCGGCCGCAUCGCGCGGCGUCGCAUCCGCCACCCCUUCCCACCAGCUCUAUACAACAUUACAUAAACAUAACAUUACAAUAGCAAUUAUAGGGACCAACGUUUAGACAAAUAUACACGACACGACCCCUGUCGCGAACACGAACGAUUCGCAAUAAGCUCAACGAAACAUUUGAAAUUUAUUGUACCUGCCCAAUCGAUAUCGAUGGCUAAAAAUAUUAGAAGUAGUAAGUUCUUGGUAUAAAAUAAAAAAAAAAAACUCAUUUAAGCUCGUUUGGUAAGAUUGUAAUGUUUGUACUUUGAAAUAAAAUUGUUGCAAUCCAAAUCUGUAAUAUGUUGACUAAAAUAAUUUCCGAAUACGUGGAAAAACUGAAUUCUUUUGUGAAUAUGUUUGAACCUGUUCUAUGUGCUAAUAGAACUUAUAAUUGGGGCAUUGUAGACGCCGCGCGAAAACUAUAAAUUACACUCGAAAUUUUCAGGAAGUAUGAAACAAGUCAUGUAAGUAGGUAAAUUAGGUAGUUAAAUUUGAUAAAAAUUUUAAAGAGAUUACUUAUGAAUAAAUGGCUUUUUAAUUAAUAUAUAGGGUCCAACAAUGUCGAUGUAAUGUAUCAGUUGUGAUUAUUAUCCCUGAUAUAAAUCACAAUUGGAGCCAUCAUAAUAUAUAGCGGUAUAGUGUCCCUCCUAUGAUCGUAUAUUUGUUUAAAUAUUUCCAUAACCAUUUCAAUGUAGUUACGUUAAUUGUUAUAUGUAUAAAAUGUCCUGAUAAUUAUGUUAUUACGUAUUUUCAUUAUGUUUUAUUAGUUGUCUGUGAUAAUUAUUUUUAUUGACUAUCACUAUCAUUCGGAAAAUAUAUGUAUUUAAAUUUAUUUAUAUUAUUUUUAAUUUAAUUUAUAAGAUAGUUCUUAUCAGAAAACAAUUACGAGUAUUAUGUCUAUGUUAAAGCUUUAUCUUCUUUUUUUGGUAUCGUAUUUUCAUCUUGAAUUCGAUAAAGAAAUGAAAGUACUUGUGAUUUUAGUUAAGAUUGUUUUCCGACGAAUAUACUGUAAUUAAUAUUAGUUUGAGCUUAUAACUGAUGAUAUACUUAUGUUAGAGAUGUGCGGCGCGUGAAACCAGAAACUUCCAAAGGUCUUCAUUUUUGUAGAAAGUCCCACGUGUGUCAGUGUUUUCGAACUCUUUCGACAAAAUACAGCAAAAUUAAUGGAGUGCCUUACGUAUAUAAUAUGAAGUUAGGAUGGAUGAAUUUUAUUAUAGCAUAAUUUGAUGAAACACCAUAAUAUAAUAGCGUAAUAAAAUACUUCUUUUGAACCGAGUAUUUCAUAUUUAAGUAGAUAUUGUAAACUUAAUGAAAUUAUUUAAUAAUUACCUUUAUAUAUUGUAAAAUUACAAGCAUAUACUUAUACAUAAUUAUACUUAGUAAGUCGUGACGUGUACUACAGUUCGCCACGAAAAUCAUUAUGGAAGUAAUGUGCAUCAUUGUAUGGUGUUUGCUACGUUCAGUGUUCGGUUUGUCUAGAGUAUCUGUCUAUCUAGUCAAAUUUACAACGUCAAGCUACUCGUACAUCUAAUUUCUUUAAUACUUAGCUUUAACGUACUUCCAGUAAAGACACAUAAUAUUUCCUCACAAAACUAGAGCCAUACUUUAAAAUUUAAUCUUCAUAAAAGUGAUGUUGAUGAAAUAUGUGGGACAAUUAAAGAUCGUGUCUAACAAAUGCAUGAUUGUCAUCCAAAAUAGACCAGUUACAAUAAAUGAAAUGGAAUGCAUAAAUGCGAGUGUAUAGGUACUCAUGAAGGGAUAUAUUUGAUCAUUGAGGUAUUAUGAUAAAAGUAGUCUGUGCCACAUUCUGUAUAUACGAUAUACAUCUCCCUAGAUAGUCCUAUUGUUAUGUUUUAAGUAUUAGAGACAUAAUUUUACUGUAGAGAGGUGUAAAUGCCAUAAAGUUAUAUAUCUAGGUGUUCCACGAUAGAGCUUCCCGAGUCUCCACGUUUGUCUACCAUCGGUUAGAUUGUGUGUUUAUUCCUUAUUAAGAAACUUUAAAUUAAAUCACCAUUGUCUACCUUAUUUUUAACAGCAAAAUAGUCACCUGUUUUAUAAAUCUAUGUAUUUAAAUGUAGUUACAACAGGAAAAAAGGAAAUUUAAUCAAUUUUAUUAUAUUAUUUUAAUUUUCAGUUAAUAUUUUACAUUCCAUCGAUAUUGAGUAUACAUUAUAAUUUGUUGAACAUUAGGCCAACAAAAUUAUGUAGGUGCAUGAAAAUUUAGUAUAUUUGUUGAGACAGUGAAGUGCUGAUAAUGACAAAAAUAUUGAAAUGAAAAAUUAUUAUGUACCUAUCUAGGCUAUAAUUAUCUAUUAUUAACAUUGUAAAUAAUUAAUUAUAUUUUGAAUGUUUCACUCAUAUCAAUCUAGAUCAACUGUUUUAUUAGCAAAUUUUAAGGUUUGGAAUCCGAAGACACUGAAUUGUUUGAUUUAUGGACGUCGAUGUACGAUUUAAUAAACACAUUGUACUGAA